GUCCAUGUGAAUUUUUUCUUGUAACGGAUGACUUUUAAAGCAAGAGAACAAAGACGAUAUAAUUUGUGCAACGCAAAAUUAAGCAGAUCGUGGUUUUGGUUAUAACAGUUCCGUCAUAUACUACAUUCAAGAAUAAAAAUAAUAAACCGAAAUCCUAUUUGUUUAUAUUCACCGCGCACGUGGUUAAACUGAAAAAGGUAAACAAGCGUGGUCAAUAAUGAUAGCCCAAGCCGAACUACAUAAUUAAAUAAAUAUUAUUUUUAAUAUCUUAGGUUACCGUGUCAUUUCAGCUGAUGCACAUUUUAUAAUAUAGUUUUUACUUGAGCUGGCUAUUUGUGCCAUUUUGUUAGCUAGCAAAACUUUUUAAAAAAAUACAUGCUCGGUUUUAGUUUCGAGAAAUUUUCUAACACUCGUUUGUUUUUAAUGGGCAAGAGUGAUGGCAUUUUUAAAUAGCAUAAGAAGAUUCAAGAAUGUAGCAAAUAUAAGAAGACUGCAAUCACUGGUUGAUGUUAAAGGAGAAAAGAAUAUCCAGAGUAGAAAUCUAAAAGUGUUUCUAGCAGACCAACUAAAGCCAAAGAUUAAAGUAAAAGAUUUGCCCUUUGGAAAGGUUAUGACUGACCACAUGCUGCAGAUAGAAUGGGAUAAAGAGCAUGGAUGGGGUACUCCAGUAAUUAAACCCCAUGAAGUAUUUCAGUUGCAUCCUGCAGCUGGAGUUUUGCAAUAUGGUGGACAGAUUUAUGAAGGUAUGAAAGGUUUUUACGGUGUCGAUAAAAAGAUUAGAGUAUUUCGACCAAGCUGUAAUGUUGCUCGCUUCAACAUCUCUGCAAGAAGAAUGGCACUGCCUACUUUCAAUGAAAAUGAACUUUUAAGAUGUAUACUUGAACUAGUUGAAAUUGAAAAAGAUUGGGUUCCAAAAGAAGAUGGUUGUUCACUAUAUAUACGACCAUCACUAAUCAGCUUAGAUACUGUCUCUGCUGAUCAAGAUAUAAAUAAAGCUUUGUUAUUUGUUAUACUGUCUCCAGUUGGAUCAUAUUUUAAAGGGGAUUCCAUGCAACCAGUAUCCCUUCUUGCAGAACCCAGCUAUGUCAGAGCAUGGCCAGGUGGUCUGGGUGAAUGCAAAGCUGGCGGUAAUUAUGGUUCCACGGUAUUUCUUCAAAAGGAAGCAGAAAAGAAAGGAUAUAAUCAAAUUUUAUGGCUUUUCAAUGAUGAGGUAACAGAAGCAGGAACAAUGAAUAUAUUUAUGCAUUGGGAAAAUGAAAAUGGAGAGGAAGAAUUGAUUACUGCACCUCUAGAUGGACUAAUUUUACGUGGCAUCACAAGAAAGUCAUUUUUAGAAUUAGCAAGAAAGUGGGAUGAAUUUUUGGUGUCAGAAAGAACAUUUACUAUGAAAGACGUUGUCAAAGCUUUAAAAGAAAAUAGGAUCAAAGGUAUUUUUGCUGCUGGCACAGCAUGCGUUGUCUGUCCUAUUGGAAAAAUUUUGUACAAAAAUCAGCUUUUAGAAAUUCCGUGUACAGAAUCAGACGGAAUGUUAGCACCUCGAUUUUACAAGUCAUUGUUAGAUAUACAGUACGGACGCACUCCACAUGAAUGGGCGCCUAUUAUAUGCUAGAUGACGUACGAAACGACAGACCUGUCGUCAUGACAUCGGCGAUGUGAUGUGUUGGUAUUUCUGACGCGACUAUUUAUCAAUUUACCACACAAAGGGAUAAUUGUUUGCAUUUUCAUGAGUUGCACGACUCCGAGUAUCUUUUUGUACUUGCAUAUUUAAAAUGGAUGUAACACAAAACAGACCAAUUGACCAUGAAAACAUUUUCUGGAAAAAAAUGUUGUAUUUGCACUUUUUUAAAGAUUUAAAUGUCUAUCAGGUUUAAAUGUCAACACAUCCGUUAGUUCAUGGUCUUCAAUUGUAAAGUGCUACAAUACUUCCUGGUGUUGACGACUUAAAAUCCUAUAUUUCUAUGCACUUAUUUUAUAACAAUAUAACAAUUGAACAUAUAUAUUAUACGUAAAUUUGUUUUGUUGCAUUAAAUUAUAUUCUUAUCGUGUAUUUUUUUUUCUUUGAAAUAAGAUGAUAUAUGUCGCUCC